AUGAGGCUCGAUGUUAGUUUUGCGGGAGACCUGCUGUGCAGAGCCAUCACUUCUACCUCGCUAGAUGCUAUCAAGGAGAGGUUUGACCGGCUGGCAGCAGAGCACCACUGCCUGAGGAUCAAGCUGCUGGGAGACUGCUAUUACUGUGUCAGUGGUCUGCCAGAAGCAAGACCAGACCACGCUCACUGCUGCGUUGAGAUGGGACUAGACAUGAUCGAGGCUAUAGCGCUGGUGCGAGAGGUAACGGGGGUGAACGUGAACAUGCGGGUUGGCAUCCACUCUGGCAGGGUGCACUGUGGCGUGCUGGGACUACGCAAGUGGCAGUUCGAUGUGUGGUCCAACGACGUCACCCUCGCCAACUAUAUGGAGUCAGGCGGAAUACCAGGACGGAUCCACGUGACUAAAGAAACCCUGAAGUACCUGAGCGGAGACUACAAGGUGGAGCCGGGUAAUGGAGGGGAGAGGAACCACUACCUGAAGAUGAUGAACAUAGAGACGUACCUCAUUGUACCAGAUGAUGACUAUCGCGACCCUCACGCCAAGAAGACGUCCAUGUACAGUAUGAACGGGAGUGUGAGCAAGGAGAUGCGGAUGAUUGGCCACAGUGACCCCAGCAAGCAGAAUACCAACAUCCACAACAAGUUGGGGCUGAGCGAGACACAGCUGGGCAAGAGUACAACAGAGGAGGUAAACGAAUACUUGGCCAGGGCCAUCGAUGCUCGCUCCAUCGACAGACUGAGGAUGGAACACUGUCGUAGGUUUCUCCUCACCUUCCGAGAGUCCAAAGUGGAGGAAAAGUACUCCAAGGAGCGUGACAAGAUGCUGCUGGCAUACUUUGUCUUCUCCUGGAUCACUAUUAUCUUCAUCACCAUCGUCCAGCUCAUCAUUAUCCCCAGAUUUUAUGUAUCCGUUGGUGUCCUCCUUGUGGGCAUCCUGUUGACUACCUUCACAAUCAUCCUGGUGCUGGCAGAGAGGUGUGAGGUACGUCACUUUAUCUUUUCGCUAUUGUGA